AUGUCUUCCACCCCCGCCCAUCGUGCAAUCUGGGCACGCCGUUUGUCCGCUUCGGCCUGCCUGUCCCUCACCGACCCGAACUUCGCCGUCUAUCUCGACUCGAUCGCUUGUGUGGGCGGCCUCCGAUCAGAAUUCAGAUUACCAAGGAAAGAACCCAGAUCGGGCUCCCAACGAGACCCUGAUAAUACCGAAUCAGUCGACCAGACGGCUCCGCUAGAUGACGAACAGAAUGAGGAAGACGAGGCCAACUCUUGUGUAUAUCUAUGCGGGAACUCAUUAGGAUUGCAGAAUAGGAGGACAGCUGAGAUGGUCUUGGCUGAACUAGACAUCUGGGCCGACCAAGCUGUUCAGGGUCAUUUUGUUCAUUCGGAAGGAAGAAACUGGAAGAGCAUCACUGAUCUCGUUGAUCCAAUCUUGGCUCGCUUAGUAGGGGCCUCCACAUCGGCUGAAGUAGCAUGCACCGGCUCAUUGACGACCAACUUGCACAUCCUGAUGACCACCUUCUAUCGGCCGACGAAGGAGCGGUACAAAAUCCUCUGCGAAGCCAACUGCUUCCCAUCUGACCUUUAUGCUUUCAGAAGUCAAAUUGAGAUGCACGGGUUGGAUCCCAAAUAUGCGCUUAUUUCGCUCUUGCCUCGACCUGGGGAAUUCACCCUCCGACCAGAGGAUAUCAUUUCCACCAUCAACCGAGAGGGCCAGUCGAUAGCGUUGAUUUUGUUCUCAGGUGUCCAGUUCUACACCGGCCAAUUCUUUCCAAUCAAGCAAAUAACAGCCGCCGGACACCAGCAGGGAUGCAUAGUCGGAUGGGACCUCGCCCAUGCCAUCGGUAACGUCUUGCUCGAACUACACGAUUGGCAAGUCGAUUUCGCUGCAUGGUGCAGUUAUAAGUACUUGAAUGCUGGACCAGGGGCUAUUGCUGGAUUAUUUGUCCACGAAAAAUGGACUUCUGAUCCUACCAAAUUAGGUGGUGCCCAUGGCCGCCCUCGCUUGGCUGGUUGGUUCGGACACAAUCCGGUGAAUCGAUUCCAGAUGCCAGAUCAGUUUGAGCCGGUGCGAGGGGCGCGUCAAUUCGUCCAUUCGAACCCGGACGUCCUGUCGGUGAUCUCGCUGUAUUCAUCGCUUCAGUUAUUUGCGAGUUAUCCGGGAGGGAUAAGCAGUUUACGGGCACGCUCGGAGGAUCUGACAGGGUAUUUCGAGAUGUGUUUACAAGGACUUUCGGGCUAUGUCGAUCCACGAUACGCCGCAGAUUAUCCGAACAGCUUGAACGAGCAGCAAAAGUCGCGAGCCAGGACAGUUGGCUUUACUAUCAUCACUCCGCCAAUCCCGGCUCAGAGGGGAUCCCAGCUUUCGCUCUUCUUCGUCCCUACCGGAAAGGGAAUCAUGAAUAAUGUCGCCCGUCAAUUGCUCGAACUCGGCAUCGUUGGCGACGAGCGUCAGCCGGACGUGCUUCGAUUAACCCCGGUGGCAAUGUACACCUCUUUCGAAGAUUGCCGCAAAGCUGCCGAGACAUUGAACUCUGUCAUCGAAACUCUAAACUCUGCUCACUCUCCAUCAUCUUGA